AAAAUAUCUAAUUAAUAGAUAUGCAAUUAUACGAAGAACAUCUGAAGUCUUUUAAUGUAAGUCCUAUUUUUCAAAAACUUCUUUCAGAAAAAAUAGGCAGCGAAGAAGUCGUCCUCACAACAAAAUGCCAAUUUUCGAAGCUUCAAAUAAAGAUUCCAGUUAGACAUUCUCCUAUCAGUUACGUGCACUGUGUUUUCGAUUUAGAGUCUUGGUUGGAGCACUUCAAAAAUAUGUAAAAUAAGGUUGAACCCACGUAAAGAAUAUUUUAUAUUAAUAGGGGAUUUGCUUGUCCAGGAUGCAGAAAGUACACUAAUUUUAAGGAUUAUGGAGUGGAUUACUCUUUCUAUCAUGUGCUAGAAGAAUUAAAAUUUUUCAAACAAAGGAAUCCUUAUCUCUAACUAAAUGAGUCAUAAUUGAUCUAUUAGUAAAGCAGAAAUAUAUACACUGUCGAAACCAAAGUGAACAAUAGGUUGACCUCUUCCUUGAAUCCCAAGAUAAAAUUGGUGCCUCAAAGAUUCUAAUUACCAGGCAGCGCUGCAAUCUUAGGUGUUUCUAGAAGGUUGAAGGAAAUAAACAAUGAGCAUUAAAAUGAGGAGCAAAAAAGAAUACUCGAUGAAAUGAGUUAAACCAUAGUCAAAUUGCAACAACUCCUGUUCAGCAUGCUAUAUAAAGUGUUCAAAAAAAACUAAAACUUUACCUUUAAAGCCUUACACGACUAAGUGACAGCAAAAAAGCAAUAAUUUAAAUAAGCACUAACUCAAUCCUUAAAAUUAAUCUCUCUAGGAAAGAAAUCAUUGAAUGAUGACUACGUGUUCGCUCUGAAAAAGAUCUACUCCAGCAGCCAAGUCUAUUCGAUUGUACUCAUUCAUAAUUAUCCCUUAGCUUAUUGUCUACUUGAUCCAAUACGGCAUUUGGUAUGAGUAUCCACUCACAUUCAAGGGCCAACCUUACGUUUAAUUGGAACAAGCCUUGUACAUCAAAGGAGAAAGCAAUCAGACCCAGAACACAAUCUACAUAAUCGGGGGUCAAAAGGCAGAAAGAUUCAGUCAAUCGAACUAAUGUUUGUAGAUAACAUUUCCAAAAAACCCAUUUUAAAAGGGCGAGGAGAGCGCUCAGAUCACUCAAUUACCUGAUUUCCCAUUUGAGGGGUAUAAUUUUAUGGGGACAAGUUAUAAAGGGUAUAAUCAUUUUUGUAAAUCUUAGAAAUCUUUAUGUAUUUUAUGGAUAGAAGUAAAUAAGAAACAAUGAUAAUCAAAUUAGGGCUCAAUUGUUGAAUAGUCAGUAUGUUUUGAAGGAUGUCGCAUACAAUAGAAGAUGGGAAUAAAUGAAGAACAAUUUAGUUGAAAGAUUUGAUGGCAGUUUCUUCACGAUAACACAUUAAUAAUUUGAUAAGUUGAUCAUAUUCUUUGGUGGUGUAACCAAGGAACCAGAUGGUCUCACUAAUCAUAGAUGCCAACAAUAACAUUCAGGAUAGAUCUUUAUUUGCAAGGAUGAAAAGUUUUUGGGGAGUGUAAAAUAGGAUUUCCAAAUUCAAUUCAAUGGGGAUGAAGCAUAUCACAGAUCAGUUCUAGGAUCUCCAGUUUUUAGUUGUCCCUAUUACGGGACUAACCAAUUGAUCUUGUCUGGAGAGUGUUUGAAAUACAAAAAUACUGAGCAAAGGGAGAUUUACACAUUUGAUUGGGGAAAUGCCAUAGUCAAAUAAAAUGAUCUAUUCUCCUUGGAACCUCCUGAAUUCAUCUUAACUCCCUAAAAAAGAAGAACAGUAUAAUAAGAUAUAUUCUCUCCAGUGUAAGAUCCCCAGGGCGGAAUAUCUUAUGGAUUCUUUUAUGUAAUUCAUCAAUACGAGAUCGAGCAAAAUUAUAAUGAAAAACAGCCAAAAGUAAUGACAUAAUUGCUGAAAAUCAAUUUGGCAAAUGGAUUAUGUAUUUAUUUUAUCAUAAUUGUAGUUUUCGCAAUACCCUAUCAAGACUCCCAAACAUCAAAACAGUUGGCUCUCUAAAGUUUAGAAAGAUUAGCCGACAGGCCCAAUUAGUACCUGUGAUGAGAAUAAUUUUAUUUUAUUGAUGGUGCAAG